AUGCUGUUACAAAUUCUUAUGAUGCAUGGCCCUUGUGGUUCUGCUAGAAAAUCUUCUCCUUGCAUGCAGAAUGGCAGAUGUACAAAGCACUUUCCAAAAAAGUUUGUUGCCUCAACCACCAUUGAUGAAGAAGGGUACCCUAUUUAUAGAAGAAGGGAUAAUGGUAGAACUGCAAGGAGAGUAGGUAUUGAGUUGGAUAACAAGUAUGUAGUGCCUCAUAAUAAAUUUUUAUUAUUGAAGUAUGUCGCACAUAUUAAUGUGGAAUGGUGCAAUCAAUCACGAUCCAUUAAGUACUUAUUUAAGUAUGUUAAUAAAGGAAAUGAUCGUGUCACCGCAGCUUUUUCUCAAAGUGUAAAUAAGGAAGACUCAUCGGGUGUUGAUGAAAUAAAUAUAUACUGUGAUUGCCGAUACAUAUCUCCAUGUGAAGCUGCUUGGAGAAUUUUUAAAUUCUCACUACACCAUAGAGAACCAUCUGUAGAAAGGCUAUCAUUUCAUCUACCAAAUAAUCAAAAUGUCAUAUAUUCGGAUGAUGAUCCAAUUGAUGCAGUUGUCAAUAAACCAACAGUAAAGGAGUCUAUGUUUUUAAGUUGGUUUGAAGCAAAUAAGAUAUUUCCUGAAGCAAGAGAAUUAACUUAUGCAGAAUUCCCUCUCAAGUUUGUGUGGAAAAAGAAUUUGAAAAGAUGGGAAAAAAGACAAACAUCUGCAUUUUCUAUUGGGAGAAUCUUCUUUAUUCCACCUGGAUCUGGCGAGCAAUAUUACCUUAGAUUGUUGUUAAAUGUCAUUAAAGGUCCAAAAUCCUAUGAGGAACUCAGAAAAAUCAACGGUUGCGAUCAUAAGACUUUUAGAGAUGCAUGUUAUGCUUUGAGUUUAUUAGAUGAUGACAAAGAAUACGUGGAUGCUAUAAUAGAAGCAAGUAAUUGGGGAAUGCCAUCAUAUCUUAGGCAAUUAUUUGUUAUGCUACUUUUAUCAAAUUCAAUGUCACGUCCAGAAAGUGUUUGGCAAGCAACAUGGCAUUUACUAUCAGAAGAUAUCCUUCAUGCAGAAAGAACGAUAUUGCAUAACCCAGGCAUGCAUGCAGCAUUGAUCCACACUCAGUCCCAUCUAGCUAGCCUAAUUUCACCAACAGAUGAUGAGUUAAAAAAUCGUUGUUUGCAAAAGUUGGAAAACUUCUUAAAAGGUUGUGGAAGAAGUUUUCAGGAUUUUCCAACAAUGCCAAUGCCUGUUUAUAAAGAGGAAGAAGUUGACAUCAGUAACAGAUUAAUUCAAGAUGAAUUGUGUUAUAAUAGACGCGCUUUGGCAGAGGAACAUGAAGAGUUAGUAAAGAAUUUGACAGAUGAGCAAAAUUGUAUCUAUAAAAGAAUAAUAACAGCUGUGAAUGAAGACAAAGGUGAAUUUUUCUUUUUAUAUGGUUUUGGAGGAACAAGCAAGACUUUUAUUUGGAGGACUCUUUCUUCUGCCAUAAGAUCUAAAGGAGAUAUUGUGUUAACUGUUGCAUCUAGCGGGAUUGCAUCUCUUUUGUUACCAGGUGGUCGAAUAGCUCAUUCAAGAUUUGUAAUUCCAUUUAAUCUUACUGAAGAUUCAACAUGUAAUAUCAAGCAAGGUUCUCCGUUAGCAAAUUUGAUUGUCAAGGCAAAGUUGAUUAUUUGGGAUGAGGCACCCAUGAUGCAUAGAUAUUGUUUUGAGGCUCUUGAUAGAAUUCUAAGAGAUAUUCUUAGAUUCAAAGAUGCAUCCAACUUAGAACGACCAUUUGGAGGUAAAACAGUUGUUCUUGGUGGUGACUUCAGACAAAUAUUACCUGUUAUUCCAAAAGUUGAUGGCAAUGAAAUAGUCGAAAUACCAGAUGAUCUUCUGAUAAAAUAUCCUGUUGAUCCAAUAUCUGCAAUUGUGGAAAGUACAUAUCCUGAUUUUAUCAAUUGUUGCAACGAUAUAGGAUACAUCCAACAAAGAGCCAUUCUUGCUCCAACUCUUGAUAUGGUAGAAUCAAUCAACGAAUAUAUGAUUUCACUCAAUCAUAGUCCUGAGAAAUCAUAUUUGAGUUCUGAUACAAUUUGCAGCUCUGAUCAAACUUAUUCAGCAUUGGAACAUGUACACACACCAGAAUUUUCGAACACUAUUAAAUGUUCUGGAGUUCCAAAUCAUGCUCUUACUCUAAAGGUAGGUGUUCCGGUGAUGUUAUUAAGAAAUAUUGACCAAUCAACAGGAUUGUGUAAUGGAACAAGGUUGAUCAUAACUAAACUUGGAAAUCAAGUUAUUGAAGCCAAGGUUUUAUCAGGACAUAUGGCUGGACAGAAAGUGUUUAUCCCAAGAAUGACAUUGACUCCAUCUGAUGCUAGAAUUCCAUUUAAGUUCCAGCGAAGACAAUUUCCAAUCACUGUAUCCUUUGCCAUGACAAUCAAUAAAAGUCAAGGACAGUCAUUGUCUCAUGUGGGAUUAUUUUUGAAGAAACCUGUGUUUACCCACGGACAACUAUAUGUUGCUCUUUCCAGGGUGACAACUAGAAAGGGAUUAAAGAUUUUGGUUUAUGAUGAUGAUGAUGGACAAAGAACUACUCCAGCUACAAGUGAUCCAAAUACAAAGAGUGUAGCAUCUGAAAUACCUACAUCUACUCCUGAUGAGUCAAAUACUCUUCCUAUUGAAACUACAGUUGUUUUAGCAACACCAGCAACAGAAGAGCAAGUUGAGAUUGCAUCUAUAGGUGGAGUGUUGGUUGCUAGAUCGGAGCAGCAUGAUGAAGUAGGUGAUUUAGGUGGUGGUUCAGAGGAAAUUGGAGCAAUUGGUGCUACAUCUAAUCAGCCUAAUGAAGUAGGUGAUCCAGAUGUGCCUGCAUCUACUUCCAAUGAUCAGUUACUCUUCCUGUUGAAACUUCAAAUGUUUUAA